AUGGUGACCAAACCAUCUCAUAAUUUACGUAGAGAACAUAAAUGGUUGAAAGAAACUGAAUCUAUACAACAGGACCAUGAUUUAUUAGUAUCGAUAUUGGGGAAGACAUUUACAGAUACUAAUGUACGAAGGUCUACUACUUAUGGCGAGAAAACUUCUUCUGUGGUAAGGGAUUCAAAUAAUAGCACUCCAAUAUCACCCGUUAUCCCUUGGAGUAUACCUCAACCAUCAAAUGUGGUUACAAGUAAUAACACAAUUAGUAGUGGUUCAAUUGCAGCUUCUCCUGUGGCAAUUAUAUCAAGUACACCUACUUUUAACAAUCAAAAUCAUCCUAAUAAUAAUAAGAAUUAUAAUAAUAAUAACAUUCAAUACAACAAUAAUAAUAAUAAUAUUAAUUAUACGGCUGCAAUUACAGCUGCAAUCAAAACACCUAAUACUGUAUCUAUACAAGCGAUAAGGCCCAAUGUUGGUAUUCCUUCAAAUUUAAAUAAUAAAACACAAAUACAAAGAUUUCAAAAGAAUUCUAGAAAGGAAGUUUUACCUUCAGCAAUUAUCACUAGUCCAUAUAAUAAGGAUAUUAUAAACUCACAAAAAAAAUUGAUCGAUAUAUUGAAAUCUCAUUCUAUUUUAUUAUUAUCUAAAUGUAAUAUUAUGGAAUCGACUUCUUUAUCUGAAGAUUCUAAGAAAAGUAAACUAAACAAUGAGAUUAAUCCCCAUAUUAUUAAAGGUGAGGCUCAAAUUAAAAUAUUAGAAACAGAACUAAAGAAUUUAUAUGAGAAAUACAAAAAUUCACAAUCUGUAGUUAGCAGCAGACCAAUAAAUACUCAAUCCAAUAUAUUGGAAUCUCAACAACAAAGCAGCAAUAAUAGCAAUAAUUCUCAACUGGAUUCAACGAUUACUACACCGCAAGGAACGUCAACAAACACCAUUACUCAGUCUAUACCCGGUAAUACAACAAGUACCACACAGGAUGAACUAAUUGAAGUUUUGGAUGAAGAAGAUGACGACGACAAUGAGCCUACGAUUAUAUAUGAUAAGAAUGAUGAAUCACCAAAACCAGGGGAGAACGUAAAUGACGAUGACCAAACUACUGGUAGAUCUAUGAGAUCCAGAAACAAUAAAAUUAAUUAUCGAAUACCAGAGAAGAAUGAUCCAUUUGACUAUAAAGUUGGAAAAAUUGAUCAUAGUCGGACUCAGGAACAAGAGGGAACUGAUAAUGAAGAUGAUUUCGGCUCUAGUUAUAUCAUGUCAGUUAGAGCAGAAGAUAAAAUGGCUAAUGAUGCUCUGAAUGAUAGUGAUCGACAAUUUGUAGUGGAUGAUUCAGUGAUGGAGGAUUCGGAUUCAGAUUUCUCUGACGAAAGUAAUUUCUUAACAGCUACAACUACCACUACGAAUGAAAUACAAACGCAAACACAGGAUAAACGUAGCAUCACAGAUACCAAUUUUGAGAUAAUCAUGUCUUCGCCCUUAAAAUCAUUAAGCCAACACCAAGCUAACAAGAGUAAUCCAGGUGAUAUCCAUCUUUCGGGUAAUAAAUCGACACGACUUCCAUCUCAAUUUAUAGAACCAAUAUCAGUCAUAGACAGCAAUAUGGAAUAUAUUCUUAAUGAAAAUGGUGGGAAUGAUGCGGAUGAAGAUACUGAUAGCGACGAAGGUGAUAAUCUCUCAGAUAGUGACCUUGAAAAGUUCGAUGAUGAGAGAGAAAAUGAUACACAGGCCUUAAAUAUGAAGGAAGUUGAUAAUGAAUUAAAGAUUAUAGCAGAGAGAAAAUUAAACGAAGAAGAAGUAAGUGACUUUAAAGAUGAUAUUCCACUUAUUAAACAAGAACGCACAGAACAAGUUCAUGAAGCAGAUAUAUUGAUAGAAGAUCUGGAUGAUGACUUUUCUAUUCUGGAUGAUAUCGAUGUGCUUAAAUCAGGCUCUAAUAAUGUAGAAUCUACUCCUAACAACGUUAUAGAACAUAAAUAUCCGUGGUCAGAGGAAGUAGAAUUUCGGCUUCAUGAAGUAUUCAAAUUGCCAGGGUUUAGACCUAACCAAGAAGAUGCCAUUAAUGCAACAUUGAACGGGAGAGACGUUUUUGUCUUGAUGCCCACUGGUGGUGGUAAAUCUCUAUGUUAUCAAUUGCCGGCAGUUGUAAAAUCCGGGAAAACAAAUGGUACUACUAUUGUGAUAUCACCAUUAAUUUCAUUAAUGCAGGAUCAAGUUGAACAUUUACUCGCUAAGAAUAUUAAAGCAAGCAUGUUUAGUUCGAAGGGUACCGCCGAGGAAAGAAGACAGACAUUUAAUUUAUUUAUCCACGGCUUAUUAGAUCUAAUUUACAUUUCCCCUGAAAUGAUAAGUGCCUCCGAGCAAUGUAAGAGAGCCAUCAGAAAACUGUAUAGUGAUGGUAAACUUGCGAGGGUUGUUGUUGAUGAGGCACAUUGUGUGUCUAAUUGGGGUCACGAUUUUAGACCCGAUUAUAAGGAACUUAAUAUUUUCAAAAGAGAAUACCCAGAUAUCCCAAUGAUGGCUUUGACCGCAACUGCAAGUGAGCAAGUUAGACUUGAUAUCAAGCAUAAUUUGGAAUUGAAGGACCCCGUGUUUCUGAAACAAAGUUUUAACAGAACCAAUUUGUUCUAUUCAGUUAAGCCCAAAAACAAAAAUACGAUUAACGAAAUUUGUCAGGAAAUUAAAACGAAAUUCAAAAAUCAAACUGGAAUUAUAUAUUGCCAUUCGAAAAAUUCAUGUGAACAAACUAGCGCACAACUACAAAAUGCAGGUAUCAAAAGUGCAUUCUACCAUGCGGGCAUGGAACCAGAUGAUAGAUUAAGUGUUCAAAGGGCUUGGCAAUCCAAUGAAAUCCGUUUGAUUUGUGCAACUGUUGCAUUCGGUAUGGGUAUCGAUAAGCCUGAUGUCAGGUUCGUAUAUCAUUUCACCGUUCCACGUACACUUGAGGGAUAUUAUCAAGAGACUGGUCGUGCAGGAAGAGAUGGCAAAUACUCUUAUUGUACAACUUACUUUAGUUUUCGGGAUAUUAAAACAAUUCAAACUAUGAUUCAGAAGGAUGAGAACCUUGACGAAGAAAAUAGGCAUAAACAUUUAGAUAAACUGCAACAAGUUAUGUCAUAUUGUGAUAAUUUAUCUGAUUGUAGAAGGAAACUUAUCCUAUCUUACUUCAAUGAAAAUUUUGACUCUAAACUAUGUGGAAAGAAUUGUGAUAAUUGUAGAGACAAGGGAAACUUCGAAACAGAAGAACGAGAUAUCACUGACACGGCUAAAAGAAUAGCAAAUAUGAUUGAAAAGAUACAAAAUGAUAGAGUGACUCUAAUACAUUGUCAGGAUAUAUUUAAGGGAUCUAGAAACUCAAGAAUGAUGCAAUCCGGACAUGCGACAUUGGACGAGCACGGGCUUGGUAAAGACAUGCUGAAAUCUGAGAUUGAAAGAAUCUUUUUCCACCUUGUUACAAUCGGUGUGUUACAAGAAUAUUCAGUGAUGAAUAAUAGUGGAUUUGCUUCAAGUUAUGUACGUAUUGGUCCAAAUUUUUACAAACUGAGGGAUGGGAAAAUGAAGGUUAACAUGAAAUUUAACGUCUCGCAGAGAAACUCAAGAACAAAUACAAGAGGCACCAAUAGUUCCUUUCAUUCCCAUGAUAAUCAGACUCGAGGCGUCCAUAUUCCAGAAUUCACAAACGCUAAAGCUCAUAUUCAAUCAUUUACAUAUGAUGAAAGUACUCAACCUCAAAGAAGUAAAAAUGGACCAAUAUCCUUGGCGAACAAUGCAUCCACAAAAUCUCUUGAGGAAUUAAAUGACAUUACUUUUGCAUAUAAUAAAUUAAGAGAGGCCUCUUUGGAAAUUGCGAAUAGGGCAAAUCCACCAAUUAGAAAUUUCUUACCUGACGGAUUACUAAGAAAAUUAGCCACAAUUCUUCCUGCUACUCAGGAAGAAUACAUAAGCAUUCCAGAUGUUCAAGGUAAUCUCAGAAAUAAAUUUAGACUUAUCAAGCCUACGAUCAUGGACUUACGUAAACGGAGAAUCCAGUUAAAUGCAUCUAUGGAUUUUAUGGACAGCUCAAAUAGUCUCAUAGCUACACAAGUUAGUAGUUUACCAGAAUUUCCGAGUAGUCUGGGAAAUAAGAAAUAUGGGACAGAGACGAGGUCAAGGUUUUUCCAACAAACUCAGGACGAGAGAAAUAAGGAUGAAAUGAUUUUGAAGCAAAUAAAGGAAACUCACUCUAAGAAUAUUCCUGCAAAAAGUAAUUAUCUGAAUAAUAAUAAUAAUCAACGUCAGAAAGAUCGUUAUACUGGGAAUAAGUAUAAUAAAAAUAGGGUGAACAAAGGUAAAUAUAGGCGUUAA